GCAAUGAUUUCCCUAUGGAUAUCUUGUUAGGUAUGUACUACCUCCCCGUUGCACAGCCCCAGUUUGACUGGGACCGAGAAAUGGUCAAGCACAUUUUGCCAGGUGGAGGGACCGCCAGAUUACGUAAGUUUAAGGCUAGUAGUCUGAUCGAGUCCUACGGAUGCAUGUGUCCCGCUGCGUUUUACAACUAUUAUAAACAAAAUCCGGAGGAGGGUAUGUAUCUAGUUUAUGUGUCUGCAGCAGGCGAGCUGGUGAAAAUGCCGCCGGAGAUAGAGGGACUAGUUGCUAAGUACCGUGAUCUAUUUGAAGAGCCGUUAGGGGUUGUGGAGAGGGAGGUCGUCCACGCGAUAGAUAUCAUCCCUGGGUCUAGCAUCCCGAAGGGUAGGAUCUAUCGGAUGCCUCCAGGCGAGCUUGACGAGCUUCGCCGACAGCUCAAGGAACUCAUAGAGAAGGGUUGGAUCCGGCCGAGUGUGUCCCCUUGCGGAUCGCCAGUUUUAUUUGUGCCAAAGAAGGGGGGUACGUUGAGGAUGUGCAUUGACUAUAGGGGCCUCAAUGCCAUCACUGUCAAGAAUAGAGAGCCCCUACCGCGCAUCGACGACUUGCUAGAUAGAGUGCAAGGGUGCCGGUACUUCAAUAAGAUUGAUCUGAAGUCCGGGUACCAUCAGAUUGCAAUCCGGCCUAAGGAUCAACACAAAACCGCAUUUUUGACCAGGUACGGUUUGUACGAGUUUGUGGUAAUGCCUUUCGGCCUUUGCAAUGGUCCUGGCACCUUUCAACACGCUAUGAAUCGGAUCUUUCAUGACUACUUCGAUAAGUUUGUCAUCGUGUACCUCGAUGACAUACUUAUUUUUAGUACGACUGUCAAGGAGCAUGUUGCGCACUUAGACAAAGUCCUCAGUCUCCUUCGGCAGCACAAGUUCAAGAUCAACGGGGAGAAAUGCGAGUUUGGCCGCACCGGGAUCUUGUACUUGGGUCACGAGAUUUCCGCGGAGGGUUUGAAGCCCGAUGACGCAAAGGUUGCCAGCAUUCGUGACUGGCCGUGUCCUCAGUCUGUGACUGAGAUUAGGUCUUUUUUAGGGAUGACCGACUACUAUUGCAAUUUUGUGAAGAACUGUAGCAUAGUUGCCGCCCCUUUGACGGUCCUGACCCGCCUUGACACCCCAUGGGAGUGGACAGACAGGUGUGAGGCUGCUGUCAGACAUCUGAAGCAUGCGUUGACACACCAUGAGGUCUUGAAGCUUCCCGAUACUGACAAGCCGUUUAUAGUCACCAUGGAUGCUAGCCAAUAUGGCAUAGGCGCCGUGCUCGCGCAGCAGGAGAGGCCAAAGUUGAGGCCAGUGGAGUACAUGUCCAAAAAGAUGCCCUCUCAGAAGUUGGCUAAGUCCACCUAUGAGAAGGAGCUGUACGCGAUCUAUAAAGCGCUAACCCAUUGGAGGCACUAUCUCCUUGGGAGGUUCUUCAUCGUCAGGACUAAUCAUCAGACCCUGAAGUGGAUGAGAACACAGCCUGUGCUCUCUGAUGCGCUCAAACGCUGGAUCGAAGUCAUUGAGCACUAGGACUUCGAGUCCUAGUAGCUCAAAGGUGAGUACAACAAAGUUGCUGACGCGUU